AUGCACGUGGUGGUGAAUGAUUCCCAGAGAGUCGAGGACUAUAUUUUCAGCCAACCUGGCUACGUCCUUAAUGUUUCUCGAGGAAGCUCCUUGAAAGGGAUACAUUUAUCGUACGUGUUCUUCUUUUCCCUUUCCACUUCACCCCGCCUGAUCGAGGUCAUUGCUCUCAAAGCGGACAGUUGGAUCCAAGAUCAGCGCUGUCCUUCCUGUCUUGGAAAAUGCGACGAUAUCCGCGUAUCUCGUAGAGCCCUCACUAUCGAUGCAAUAUACCUCGUCAAAGCAGGUGAAUUUCCUUUCCCUAAGGAGCCUCAUCAACUCGAACUUGACCCGGUGGUGACGACGUGUUAUGGGGGGGGGGGUAUUGUUGUGGCAUUUUCCCAUCACAUGGGCAUAGUAAUUAUGAUUUCUUGA